GGGUGCGCACUGUGCGUAAAUGUGCCACGGGCUGAAAGUUGCAGUUUCUUCUGCUGUUCUGCCUCAGAUUGGGCGAGAAAUACCGCGCGUGUUGUUGAACGGAGCGAUUGCAUUGUGUUGUUGCCGACCAAAGCGAUGCGCAACCGCACAUCUACGGUGGUGAUGAUGCUGAUGUUGCGGGAGACAAACUAAUUGCUUUUGUAUCGCAUAUCGGGGGGAACGUGUGCAUGCAUUUAUGUCUUGUAAGGGGGUGUGUGUGUGUAUGUGUUCGCGUGGCCGGAUAACAGACAGCGGGCAGUUUGUCGGCUAAAUCGUGGGCUUUGCUUUCCAACAACCAGGUGUAGUUUGUUUCAGCCCGCAGCGACCACCGGAUUUGACGUGCUCACGAACGCAUGCGUGAGAUAUAUAGAUGGGUAUGCAAGGAUGCGUAUGGUUGGGAAAUGCAUGCGCUUGCAUGCUGCAAACUUAUUGCAUUUGCAUGCACGCACGAUGUAUAUAUACCAUAUAUCCGCACAAAUCCAACUUGCAUGCAUGAAUGAAUGAGAUACCUUCAGAAUGCAUAUGCUUUUAUAAAACCGGCUGAUGCAUUUCCAUGCAGUGUAGUGCACCAAUGGCAUUGUUUACUCGCAGGAGGUGUGCGCAGCCCCGAAGUCAUGUCCAGAUCGGGUGACCGAACCUCCACGUUUGACCCGACUCACAGCGACACUCUGCUGCACGGUCUCAACCUGCUGUGGAGGAAGCAGCUCUUCUGUGAUGUGACACUCACGGCACAGGGACAGCAGUUCCACUGCCACAAAGCCGUGCUGGCGUCCUGCUCGCAGUACUUCAGGUCCCUGUUCUCCACGCACAUGCUGAGCAGAGAAGACGGGCUGGCGGCGAAGGACCAAGGCAGCAGCGGCACCCCGUCCUCCUCCCCCGACGACAAGCUCCUGCCCAGCCCUUGCUCCACCAUCAACAACCUGGUGCUGCAGGGCUGCUCCUCCAUCGGUCUGCGGCUGGUGCUGGAGUACCUCUACACGGCCAACGUGACCCUCUCCCUGGACACGGUGGAGGAGGUGCUCUCCGUCAGCAAGAUCCUCAACAUCCCGCAGAUCACCAAACUCAGUGUGCAGUUCCUCAACGACCAGAUCUCGGUGCAGAACUACAAGCAGAUCUGCAAGAUCGCAGCUCUGCACGGGCUGGACGAGACCAAGAAGCUCGCCAACAAGUACCUUGUGGAGGACGUGCUCCUCUUGAACUUUGAGGAGAUGUGCGCCAUGCUGGACGCCCUGCCUCCGCCCGUGGAGUCGGAGCUGGCACUCUUUCAGAUGUCCGUGCUGUGGUUGGAGCACGACAGGGAGACCAGGAUGCACUACGCUCCCGACCUGAUGAAGCGCCUGCGCUUCGCCCUUAUCCCUGCCCCAGAGCUGGUGGAGAGGGUGCAGUCGGUGGACUUUAUGAGGAGCGACCCGGUGUGCCAGAAACUGCUCCUGGAUGCCAUGAACUACCACCUGAUGCCCUUCAGACAGCACUGCAGACAGACCACAGCCAGCAGGAUUCGUUCAAACAAACGGAUGCUCCUGUUGGUUGGAGGCCUGCCCCCGGGUCCCGACCGCCUCCCCAGUAAUCUGGUUCAGUACUACGACGACGAAAAGAAGACAUGGAAGAUCCUUACAAUAAUGCCGUAUAACAGCGCCCAUCACUGUGUGGUUGAAGUGGAGAACUUCCUGCUUUUAUUGGGUGGAGAAGACCAGUGGAACCCUAAUGGCAAACAUAGCACUAACUUUGUAAGCCGGUAUGAUCCGAGAUUCAAUAGCUGGGUACAACUACCGCCCAUGCAGGAGAGGAGAGCGAGUUUCUUCGCUUGCUGCCUGGAUAAGCACUUGUAUGUUGUUGGGGGAAGGAACGAGACAGGUUAUCUGUCUAGUGUUGAAGCCUAUAACCUUGAGACAAACGAAUGGAAUUACGUUUCGUCUCUUCCACAGCCGCUGGCUGCGCACGCAGGCGCCGUGCACAAUGGGAAAAUAUACAUCUCAGGUGGCGUUCACAAUGGUGAAUACGUGUCUUGGCUGUACUGCUACGACCCCGUGAUGGACGUGUGGGCUCGGAAACAGGACAUGAACACUAAGCGAGCCAUACACGCUCUCGCAGGCAUGAACGACCGCCUCUACGCUAUUGGGGGAAACCACUUAAAGGGAUUCUCUCAUCUGGAUGUGAUGCUGGUUGAAUGCUACGAUCCUAAAGCAGAUCAGUGGAGCAUCCUGCAAACGCCCAUCUUAGAGGGACGCAGCGGGCCUGGAUGUGCUGUUCUUGAUGACAGUAUUUACUUGGUGGGAGGCUACAGUUGGAGCAUGGGGGCGUAUAAGUCAUCCACCAUUUGUUACAGCCCAGAGAAAGGCACAUGGACAGAAAUGGAAGGAGAAGUGGCUGAACCUUUAGCCGGACCGACCUGUGCCACAGUCAUACUGCCAGCCUGUUUACCAUUUAACAAAUAACUAUACAGAACGCCGAAUAAUGCGGCCGAGAAGAGGAAAAACCUGUCGGGAUGGAAAGUCAAUCGCUAAACGAAUCAAAUAAAUGAGGAGACUCUCCCUAUGGACCGCCCCCAGCUUUUGAACAGGAGGUGAUGAGGUGUACAGAUUAUUAUUUUUUUACUGGUCUGACAAGAGCACUUUGUUUCUUUCAUACCUAACAGUUUCAAACUGAUAUAAUCAUCGACUUUACGUAUUUGAUGCUCACGUGUGUUGACAUUCAGCUGCUCACAUUCAAUGCUUUUUAAUCAUAAAUGUUUUGACAUAGCACGCAUAAUUUUUUUUUUUUUAAAACAAAUCGACGUACUUUGUGUUUUGUGGAAACCGCCGAUCAAAGACAACUUGGAAGUGGGUUGACAAAGAAAUAUUCAUGUUUUUACAAGCAAAACUCAUGGUUCUGUGUACACUGUAGAGUAGAUAUCAGCUAUUUAAUAUAUAUCACACCAUGUCUGCUUGUUAGAUAUUGUCGCCAUACUUGAGUGGCACAUUGUUAUUUGUACAGAUGAGAGGGGCAUAAAUGUCAAUUACAAAAAAAAAAAACACACAUUUCAGUGGAACACAAGUUAUGAUUUAUUGUUUGAACAAUCAGUAUAUUAUUUAUUUAGCCAUGUGGUAUAUAUGCAUGGUGUGAAGUGGAAAGCUUAUUGUGUUUUAUUGUGGGUACAUAUUUAUGUUAAUAUCUGUUCAUAUCUCACAGUGCCUAUUUUUAGCAUCAGGCUGCUAUAUUUCAUAAAAUUUCCCAUUAUAAGAAUCAGACCUUUUAAAUUGAGUCAAAAUCAUAUAAAUUAUUGGCCUGAUUGGUUUCUCUGAGACGUGAUAUGAAAUCUGAAUGUGUUGCACUGGUGUUUGUCGGCCCUUUUGAUGAGAAAAGGGAAUGUUUUUCAUCGUUGUAAAUAAUCGCUUGCAGUGGAACAUUUUUGUGCUCAUAGGAUUUAUUCUCAAAUCCUGUUAUGUUCUUUACAUUUAGUCUAUGAAAAUAAAACUGAAUUUCUGGAUCAAUAAUCUGUCUGGGCUCCCCCACAACUACACAACACUCCUAUCUAAAAUUGUUUAUGUGUGUUUGGAGUAUUAUAGCAACCUAUU